AUGGCCCUCCAAAACCAAAUUCGGGUCGGAGCGCAGCGCUGCCUUGGCAACCCACUGCCGCUGCCUUUCGCCUCUCCGAUGCCGUCGCUCCCUCACUCCGGGGCCAGCCAGAUUGCCCCAUCGAUCGGGCAGACCGUGCCCUCAGUGGGCGGCAGCGAGAACUUUCGGGGCUCUGCGGUUGCACGUGAUCCGUCGGUUUCGUCCGAAGCGCCCAAGAAGAAGAAGGCCAAACCGCCUCCGGUGCCUUCCGCAUCGCUGGCCGAGCUCUUGCAAUUCGCUACGCCCGUCGAGAAGUGCCUCCUCGUGAUUGCAGCCCUCGCGGCUCUCGGGACUGGCGCCUGCAAAAGCGACGUCCCAUGA